GGGACAGUUAUUUCAUUAUUUCUUUCGCUAUUGAUGAGUAAAACGUUAAGUUUGUAUAGUGACGAAUCUGUUGUUAGUUUUGCGAUAGCUAAACGUAAGUAAGUUAUCUGACAAAGUACAAUUAAUGCAUAAAUAAACGCCCACGAUGUAACAGAAUGCAGACCCGUAGCAAAAAGAAGGUGGAAUAUAAUCACUCCAAGACCGUAGGACUCGCUUCGGACGCCACAGCGGGAGCCUGUCAGAAUUGCACAGUUUUACGGGAGAGUAUAAACGAAUAUGUGGCAGCACUGCUGUCUUUGAAACAGAAGAUAAUAGACACUGACCACCUGCUUACAGAAUACCAGGAGAAGUGUGAUGAGCUCCAGCGAUCUCAAACGGAGACCAGCAAACUCCAUCAACAGCUGGAUGAACUGCUGGAGAAAAUGGUACCAUUGGAAAAGCAGAACAAAGACUAUGAGUCAUUACGAUUUGAACUGGAAGAAAAAAAGAGCACCUUGGAAAAGUAUGAGAAGGCUGCUGUGGAAGUGGAUUCGCUCAGAGAAGAGAACUCCAAGGCAAAAGCUCUGAGUAUGAAGCUUGAAAAUCAGCUGCAACAGCUGGAAGAAACUGUGCUGAAGCAGAGGAAUGAAAAUGGCCAACUGAAAAGGGAGAAAGAAGCCCUGGAAGAAGAGCUGGAGAAAGCUAAGAGCUUUCAAAAGGUAAAUCAUCAGGCUGGAUGUGAAAUUGAGCGCUUCAAAGAAGAGAAUGCCAGAAUCCAGGCUCAGAAGAAAAGUCUUGAAAAUCAGUUUGAACUGCUGAAAGAAUCAAGUAUCAGACACAUCCUUGAAAUUCAACAGCUCAAACUGGACAAGCAAGCACUCGAGGGAAAACUGCACAAGACGCAGAGAACUUUAGAAAAACUGCUGAAAGAAACUCAAAAGGAAACAAGGAAUUCUGCAACUCAGACAAAUGCUCCCAAAGAACCAAAAAUAGAUAAAGCUAAAGUCAGGUUGCUUUUAGAAGAACUUUGGAAAUGUGUUGAACCACAGACUGCAAAUGGAUCACUCUUUUCUGAUGAUUCUGGCCACAGCAAUUUUGGAUUACCCGUAGUACCCAAUAGUCCUUUGAAACGGCAGAAUUCUCAGGCUCUUCCUAACAGAACUUCAUCUGCAAGCUUUUACUGCGAAUCCCUAAAAGCCCCCAGAACCCCUUUGGUCUGUCCGGGGCCCCAAGAAACGGCAGUAGUGCCCAAAGCUGCAGAGGAAUCCAAAAGACUGCUUAGAAAACGGAAAAGAAGCAGAAACUCAGACGAACACUUAAACGCCAGUGGUCUGAAGGAAGACAUCAUGGAGCUGGACACACAUGAGAAGCAGGACAUACACCAUGCUAAACCAACAUCUUGUGGUAUUCAAGAACAUUCGGAAACCAGUGACGCUAGCAUGGAGGAGAUCUUUGCUUUCUUCAGGCCUUUGCCUCCUCUAUUGGCUCCGCUGUCUUCUGCCUGUCCUCCUACUAAGGAAGCUGUGUUUGGUGUUAUAUCCGAUUCAAGCGAUGAGGAUGAUGAGGUGAAACCUGAAUGCAUCAAUGGAAAGAAAAUGGCAGCGUCUCUCAAGAAGCCCAAUGGUGAACUGUGUCUUCCUCAUCAGGAAGACUUGCCUUCCACUAAACCAGAAUUCAGAUGCUCUGUUGAACUCAAUGGACAGUCCAUUCAGCAGACUGCUGAUGGAGUGGCUGAAAGUAAAUUGACUGUUUCUUUUGAUGUACCCCUUCAAAUGUCACAUUGUACUCCUCUGGAAUCAGUGUGUGAAAGGCAUACUGUACCUCUCACAGUGAAACUUAAGGAUGAUCCAUUGAAAUCAGCCAUUGAAAGACCAGUUGUGACUGCCAUGCCAGAUGGCUCAUAUAGUAGUACUACUGUCAGCGAGUCUCUUUCCUGUGAGGUGGAGUUGGACCUACCUGAGCCUGUAAAAUUUGAAACCCCACUCCCAAAUAGGGAAGAUGUAGCAGAGAAAACCCUUCAACAUGACAAAAUGGAUGCAGAAGAUUCUCCCAUAGAGGAUGCCUUGGAUAUUACUCCAAAUGUACACCAAGACAUCCAAAGCACAUCUGCAAAUGUAUCCGAAAUGGAACUUCAGAAAGCUAGUGAUACCAAAGGUAUACUACGUGAGAAUAGAAAUAACUUAGAGGUUUGUGAAGAUGUGGAGAUUGAAGUGCAGAGUCCUGCUGAUAGGAGUAAUGUAACCAUUAACUCUCUUUCAAAUGGGUUCAUACAUUCGGAAUGUAAUGAAACUGAAGUACAAAAACCCAGUGAUAUUUUAAAUAACUUGAUGAAAGAGAAUUCGAUUGGAGCAUUGAAUAAUCCAUCUGAGAAAUGUGAAACUAAAGCAACUGGAUUAAAUGGCUGUGCAAUAUUUUCUAGUGAACAUUUAGAAGAAAAGGCUGGUACUGUUAAAGACCUUCAGCAUAACAGUAGUAUGCAAAACUCGGCAAAAGGCAACGGAAUGUCAAAUACAGUAGUACAUUUCUCCAAUGAAAUAGGUGGAGUCGAGGAAUUAUCUGAUACAGUUGAUGAUGAUUUGAUUCUAAAUAUCCAAGCACCCAUAAUUACAAUUCCUAAAGGUGAAUUAAGUGAUUCAGUAACAAGUCAUGACAAGUCUGUGCCAGAAAAUUACAGAGAUGAAAAUAAUGUUGCAUUGAAAGAAUCAAAUAAACCAAAUGAACAACAAACAAAUAUCAGUUCAGCUGGUGAAACAGAGAGUUCAAGAGAAAUAUUCCCAUCAAUGGGAGAAGAAACUGAAUGUAUGCUUAAUGAUGUCAAAGAUGCCACUGCAUCUGUGGACCCUGUAAUGGAAGACAACAUUAGCAGUUGCUUAGAUAACUUGGCAACACAUAAGGAAUCCUCAGAUGAGCAGGAGUCCUUUGAGCUGCAACGGAAAGUUAGAAGAAACUGUCAGCGUACCAGCAGUCAGGCCUCUAGUGGCAACAUUGAUGCUUUGAGUACUUUGCAAGAUGCAGCACAAAAAUGUGUUGCUCCAGAGGUUGUUCAGGAUCUGGCCAGUAUGCAUUCUUUGAAUGAGGACUCUGAUCAUUCAUCAUCAAGUGAAAGAACACAAGCAAAUCUUGGUGUUCAGUUAUCCCCAACCAGCAAGCGGUCAGAAACUGAGGAAGGCAAAAAGGUUUUGAGAGAUUCUUUGGAAACUAUGGUACAAGAAUCUGUUCCAGGAUCGUUGAGUUUUGAAAAUGUGACAAAUGGCUCUGAAUCAUCAUCAGAAGAGCUCUCACUGGAUCAUCAAAACAUUCUUGAACAGAAGAAAGCAGCUUUAAGAAGCCCUCUGACAUCUCCAAAUCUAGAAAGCUUCUCGGUGCCCAUAUCAAUAAUUAUGAUUGAUUCAAAUGAGAAAACGGAUAAAAGCCAGUCAGAAAAUGAAAUGUCAAGUGACGACUGUGCCAAAGUAAACAAGCAAGUGGUCGGUGAAAAUGGCACAGUGCUUCCAGUAGACUCUGCCCCUGCUGAGACCUGUAGAGAUUCAACUCAGGAACAUAGUCGUCAACCUUCUGAUAAUGUUUCAGAGAGACUUGAAGUGAUUCGAAGUGAAGAGCUCAGUCCAAAAAGUCCUUUGUCAGAUGGUGCAGAUAUUUCACCCUCUACAAAGUCACCAGGAGUAAUAAAAAAGGUUCGAUCAGAAAUGGGCCCACCGCUUCCCCCUCUGCUUUUGCCUCUUACCGUGACUCCUAAGAAGCCUCAGGUUCUUGGCUCUCCUUCAAGGAUUAUUCCUGGCAAGCUGUCUUUUCUUUCACCAUCAAGUGAAACAGCCUCAGCAGAAGAGAAGUCUCCACUUACUGAUAGGUCAGAUGGGAAAUCUCAAUCUUCACGAUCUCUGUCCCCAUCUGAAUUAAAACAUGAGAGAAUAAUUUCAUCUCCUUUACAGUUUUGCUCAGCUACUCCUAAGCAUGCGGUUCCAGUACCUGGUAGGUUUCCAGCAUCUGCAUUGAGUUCAUCUCCAAAUGGAACUCAGGAGAACUCUGUAAGAAUCCUUGACACAAUGUAUCCUGAGCUUUCUGCCCGUGCUCGAACUCUCAACAUUUUACGUGGAAAUGUUAACCUGAGUAGAUCUGCACCUGAAAAUUCAGUGACCGCACAAGUUCCUGUCAGUCAGAUUACUGGAUUCAAAUCCAUCAAUUCGUCUUCUACAGCUUUUACCAAAACUGGAAAGUCAUUGGAGUCUGAAAACGGUAUCACUAAGGAUUCAGUGGAGCACCCCAAAAUAUCAGAAAUUGGUUCUUCAGUAACUACUCAAGAAGUGGGUAAAAAAACGGGGGUAAAUGUUCUUUUGCCAUCAAGUGCUAAAAGGCUUCGUCUUGAUAGCUGCUCACCAGUCCCUUCAAACGCUGCCCUUCACAUCAGACCUCUUUCAGCAUCUGCUGAGAUGGGUCCUAUCCAGUCCCAUUUCCCUCAGGACAGCCUACAAACCCAGAAUACCCAGAGUGGCAUAAAGCAGCAACUGAACAGUACGGUAACGAAAACAUCAGAAAUAAUUUUGAACGCACUGACAAAAGUCCUAAGCUCCUGCUUUGACUUGCUGCCAGUUAUUAAAAGUCAUGUCAGCAUUGGGAGGAUCUCCAAGUUGCCAGUGUUGAGAGAUGAGGAGAAGGAUGUCAUUGCUGAGUUCUGCACAGAAAACAAGUCUUUGGCGGAUGAUUUCCUUUGUGCCAUCUUGACAAAGUUGAAGAUGGAAAAGAACAGUUUGAGUGGGGAGCAGCUGCAGGCUCUCUGCAGAGUCUACACGGGUUUGUGCAGGCAGAGAGGAGACUGGGAGAGACCCCAUCUCCUAGCCUACAGCAUCUUGAAAGAAGAUUUCCCCAAUUCAGCCAAACUUAUUUUGUUCAUGGUGACCACCUGGUACAACAUACUCCCUCAGCGUGGGGUGGUCUUUAAUGCCAUGCAUUCUGUGAUCAGGCAGAAGGCAGAUGGAGAAGUGUUGCAGUACCUUACAGCUUACCUUGGUUGGGAGACGAACUCUCCUUGUAAGAUUCAGAAGAUGAUUGCAAAGACACUGGUUGCACUAAAAAUGGGAACAAACAUGAAAUUCCAGCAUCACGAUCGUCAUGGAGAUGAUUUGAGCCCUAAUGCAUGGGAAUACAUAUUUGCAAUUGAUCUCCUGUGCACUGAAAAGAGGUGGGCCUGGACAUACGACAACAUAAUAUCCAAAGAACUUUGGCCUAUUAUGAACAAGUGGGUGUCAGAAGCAAAACACAAACAUGGAUCUGUACACGAUAUUACCGUAGCAACUGUUCUGAGAUUAAUUGGGCGGCUUGGGCAGUUGGGCCUUAAAGAGAAAUCGGCAGCUUCAGUGAAAAAUGUGGCUAAAAUCAUCAACAUGUUUGGGAGGAAAGGAAAUGCAGAAGGGGUGCCAUGGGCUGUGCAGUUGGCCGCAGUGUACACCAUCUACGACCUGUCACCCAGCGAUCCCAAAGAUGCAUUGGAGGCGUUGGCGGCAUGGCGAGCAGACGCAACACAACCUGUGCCCCCCGCUGUCACCAGCUGCAUUACACAGAUUGGAUCGGUCUGUCGCCUGGUGAAGACAUGAAGGGGAUGUUGCAGCCAGACCGCAGCCCUCAGUAGAUGUUUUCCAUUGUUUGGUCAUCACCGCAUCUGUACUAGAGAAAAAUUAAUUUAGGAAACUUUGAAUUUGGAGCUCAAAUCAAUAAUGUAGUGUCUUAUCACAGAUUGCUGCUGUUAAUUUCAGUGUUUUGCUAAGGUUUACCACUCGCUUUUGCAGACUUUUUUUUUGUAUGCUCCAACUUGAUUAAAAAGCCAUAAUGUACAUA